AUGGUGGGUAAUCUCGCAGCUCAAUUUUCUACGCGGUUAGAUAUAUCGCGACUGGCCCCCUCUUUCUCAGAUAAUCUCGGUACCUCUUCUACGGAUGAGUUAUUGAGUGUAUAUGCUACUGCUGUGUCUGGUAUACUGCUCGUCUUCCAGUUCAUCAACUUGACAAUUUUGGGUCUACGAAAACCUGCUGUUGCUCAUUCAGGCUCACAAUCUGGCCGAACUUGGGCUGGAACGUAUUUUGAACAACCAGGAGGAAUUAUCGCAUUUGUGGGAUUUCGUCUCGUAGCAGCUCUGGUUCUCACCGUUGUUUCAUUCGUUUCGCUGAAACAAUUUGGGAAUAACGAUGGGACCAUUGUCAAUCUAGCAUUGUUCAUCACGUUGGUUUACACAGUAGUCUUGACUGUACUGUCAAUCUUAUCACGUCUUGAAUGGAGCGCAAUCUUAACUCGUCAUGCCAACACGCUAUGGUUCAUUUGCUUUCUCGAACUUGGUUUUCGUGAUCUUUAUCCCUUGGCAACCUUCGACCGAACACCUUUAGAUUCCAAAGAAGGUUGGCUGAUUUGGGUCAAAAUUGCCUUACUGUUCAUUCUUGCUAUUGUCAUUCCUCUUGCUAUACCAAGACGAUACAUUCCUUAUGAUCCAAAGGACCCUUCUCCUACCCCAGCGCCAGAACAAACUACAUCUCUCUUCUCCCUCGUCUUCUACUUCUUUCUCGAUCCUGUUCUCUUCGAGGCGCGGAGAGUUUCCCACUUGCCAUACGAUCAUCUCCCCCCUUUGGCAGACUAUGACUAUGCCAAAAACUUGCGUUCGAGGGCUUUCCAGCAUCUGGAUCGGUUUUCCGGUUUAGGAAAACGUCGGCAUCUGUUCUUUUCCCUCAUGCGCAUCUUUUGGAAAGAAUACACGAUCAUGUCUUUAAUGACUAUGGUACAAGCAGGAGCCGAUUUGUCGGUACCUGUUGGAGUGAACCAACUUCUUCGGUGGGAGCUGCAUUUUGACUCGUUGUGGAAAGUACUAAUAGCACUUCGAAGUUACAUCGAGAGGAAAGGUGCAGACACCACAAUUCAACCCUGGGUCUGGAUCAUUUGGCUUCUCCUAGGACCCACUCUCAGUUCCAUUGCCUUUGAAUGGUACAUUUUUGUCAGUACGCGUUCUAUUGUACACACCGAAAGUAUUAUUACCCAAGUCGUUUUCGAGCAUGCGCUGCGUAUUCGUGUCAAGGCAGAGACAUCUCAAAGUGACAGCCAACGAUUUACUUUGUCCUCUGAAACUGCGUCCUUGGCCGAUUCUUCACCGACUUCUGAAUCUCAAGACGAAGAAAGCGGAGCACAUGAAAGCAGUGCUAGUGACGAUGAGACACUUCACUCUACUGCUCGUUCCCGUGACGAUACGCUUCGCUCAAGUAGCACAUCCGGAGGUCAAUCUCACGCAGGCAGUCUGAAGGGCAUUCCCGCAGUUAAAGGCGCUACGCCUGUAACAGGAGUUUUGUCCACAGCUAGGUCUACGCCUUCCAAAGACUUGUCGGAUUCUUCGAAAAAUCUGGUGGGAAAAUUAAACAACCUUGUCAGCACGGAUCUACAGAAUAUCGUGGACGCCAAAGAUUUCAUUAGAAUCUUUGCUCUUGUACCGAUCCAGGUGACGCUAUGCAUCUGGUUUUUGUAUAAUAUUCUGGGUUGGAGUGCAUUUGUGGGCUUAGGAGUAAUUGUUGUUACGUUCCCCGUACCAGGGCUACUGGCCCGGUUCAUACAGCAAGCUCAAAAGGCACGAAUGAAACGCACCGAUGCACGAGUCCAGGUUGUUACAGAAAUAAUGAACGUCCUACGAAUGAUCAAGAUGUUUGGAUGGGAGCAAAAAAUGAAUGAUCGCAUCUCAACCAAGAGAGAGGAUGAGCUUUCUUUUAUUAAAAGGUUACGUCUACUUGGCAUGAUGACUGCAAUUGCAAAUCAUAUCAUCCCUACGCUUCUCAUGAAAGAAGAACUAAAUGCGUCCAAAGUGUUCAGCUCAAUGGUAGUCUUCGAUAAAUUCAGCAAUCUUUUGCGGAUGGCGAUCUUUCUGACUACACAAGCUCUGAAUGGCAAGGUUUCAUUGGACAGAAUCACAAAUUUUCUAUACGAUACGGAGCUGCUCGAUUCGUGGUCUCAAACGGAGGCAGAGCCGGCAAUCCUGUCCGCACCUCCACCUGCCCCUGACGUUAUUGGUUUUCGUCAGGCUACCUUUGCUUGGUCUGCUGAAGAAGAUAAAAAUAAUGGGCUAUAUACUCCCUCUAGACGCCAAUUUCUCCUCAAAAUUGAAGGCAACCUUCUAUUCCAGAAAGGAGUGAUAAACAUGAUCGUAGGACCGACUGGAAGUGGUAAGACUUCUGUCCUCAUGGCCUUACUCUCGGAAAUGCAUUUUGUUCCAUCUGGUCCGGAAUCGUGGUAUGGUCUUCCUCGUGCAUCUGGAGUUGCUUACGCCGCCCAGGAAUCCUGGGUGCAAAAUGCAACCAUACGAGACAACGUUAUAUUCGGUGCUGAUUUCGAUGAAGAACGGUACAAGAAAGUCAUCUACCAAUGUUGUCUUGAUCGUGACCUGAUGUUAUUUGAAGCUGGAGAUCAGACUGAAGUUGGAGAGAAAGGUUUGACUUUGAGUGGGGGUCAAAAAGCCCGAGUUACGCUUGCGCGAGCUGUUUACUCUCAAGCAGGGAUCAUUCUACUCGAUGACGUACUGGCUGCUCUCGAUGUCCAUACCUCAAAGUGGAUAGUUGAUAAGUGUCUGAAGGGAGACUUGAUUCGAGGAAGGACAGUGAUCCUGGUCACACAUAACGUAGUCCUGGUACGGCCCAUUGCGAGGUUUAUAGUGUCCAUCAAAGACGGCCGUGUCGCUAGCCAGGCAUCUAUAGAAGACGCAAUUUUGUCAAAUAAGGAGCUAGCUGUUGAAAUUGAAAAAGACGAAGAAGCAGUGGAAAGGGCCAAUGAAGAAAUUGAUCCCCAGUCAGCUCCGAACGAGCCUUCUGGUAGAGAUGGCAAAUUGAUCCUCAAAGAAGAGGUCGAGUUAGGGCAUAUUAGCUGGUCUGCCUUGAAAUUAUUCCUGACUUCCAUGGGCGGUCACCAUACACUGCUUUUCUUUAUCACUUUCAUCACCUGUUUCUUGACUGCGGAAUUGGCUGAGAACGGCCAAACCUAUUUCCUCGGUUAUUGGGCUCGCCAGUACGAAGCUGUCGCGGAUCCUUCUCAAGUGAACGUGCCUUUCUAUUUAGCUAUAUACGUUGCAAUCCUGGUGUUACUUAUCUUGACUUUCUGCCUUGGAUUCGUCGUGUACCUGUGGGGUGUUUUAAGGGCAUCCAGAAUCAUCCACCAACGCCUUGUCACUUCGGUCAUUGGGACUACUUUAAGGUGGCUUGAUACAACACCAACCUCACGUGUAAUCACUAGAUGUACCCAAGAUAUUCGCGACAUCGAUGAUCCGCUUGCACAGAUGUUUUCAACUCUUGUUCAGAUGUCUUUGGCAAUGGGCAUCAAGUUCUUAGCUGUAAUCAUUCUUACUCCUGCGUUCAUAUUUCCCGCUGUCUUUGUCGGGCUAUUUGGAGCCUGGUGUGGAAAUAUCUAUAUCAAGGCCCAACUUCCCGUGAAGCGAGAAAUGUCCAACGCCAAGGCUCCAGUGCUCGGGCACUUUGGGGCUGCGAUGACUGGUUUGACGUCUAUCCGAGCUUAUGGUGUGGAAGAAACCUUCAGGAAAGAAGUUCGAGUUCGAAUCGACCAUUAUUCCCGACCCGCCAGAACUUUUUACAAUCUCAAUCGCUGGAUCGACGUUCGUGUAGAUGCAAUCAGCAACGUGUUCGCCGCCGCACUCGCUGCUUAUUUGCUUUAUGUAGGCCACGGUGACGCAUCAAAUGUCGGAUUCUCCCUCAACAUGGCUGUCGGUUUCAGUGGCACAAUAUUGUGGUGGAUUCGAAUUGUGAAUCAGUUCGAAGUUCGAGGUAACAGUCUUGAGCGCAUUGGUGCUUACAUCGCAAUUGAGCAAGAGAAACCGCCCGUACCUGAGGGUAUACCCCCGGCGUAUUGGCCAGCCAGCGGUCACUUGCGUGUAGAAGCACUUUCGGCACGCUAUUCGCCGGAUGGGCCGAAGGUGUUGAAGAACCUUUCAUUCGAAGUAAACUCUGGGGAGCGAAUCGGUGUUGUUGGACGGACAGGAUCAGGAAAAAGCUCUUUAAUGUUGUCUCUCCUUCGAUUGAUUUACUCAGAUGGGACCGUAUACUAUGACGGAAUCGCCACGAAUUCCAUCAAUCUUGAAGAACUACGACGCAAAAUAACUAUCAUUCCUCAAAUCCCUGAGCUGCUGAGUGGUUCUGUACGAGAGAAUCUGGACCCUUUCGCCCAACAUGACGACGCGACGUUGAACAGUGCAUUGCGGUCCGCUGGGCUGUUCUCUUUGCAAGAAGAAAUAGAAGAGGAAGAUAGGAUUACCCUGGAUAGUGAUGUCGCCAGUGGAGGAAAUAAUCUUUCUGUCGGUCAGAGACAGAUCAUUGCACUCGCCAGAGCGAUGGUAAGAGAGAGUAAACUCUUGAUCCUGGAUGAAGCCACAUCUGCUAUCGACUAUAAAACAGAUUCAGUCAUCCAAUCCUCUCUUCGACACGAACUCAACGAGGACGUCACCCUGAUCACUGUUGCCCAUCGGCUUCAAACCAUCAUGGAUUCUGAUAAAAUCCUGGUGUUAGAUGCUGGACAAAUUGCUGAAUUUGACCGGCCCGCAGAGUUGCUCAAAAAUAAGGAUGGCAAACUGAGAGCCCUGGUUGAUGAAUCAGCAGACAAAGAUCACUUGCUUGAGAUGGUGAAGGCUAAGGAGCACCUAGAUCGUCGCAAUUGA